AUGUCUUCGCUGCUCAACCCGACUUGUAACGACCCAGUUUACGAGUGGCUUCCUGACCAUGACUUGGGAGUACAAUGGUACCGUGUAUGGGAUGACGAGUCCCUGGCAGGCCCACGACCACCUGCAUUUCUCCACCACGAAUUCCUGAAAUAUUUGGGCUCAGCCACAGAUCCAGCCAUAACAUGGAGGACAUGGGUACGAGUAGGCAACUGUGUCUUCCCCCAUGAUUUUUGGACUUUGCUUGAAUUGAAUCCUGCCUUGAAUGCAGUCAAGGCUUUACACUCGGGGCUUGAAGUGUCUCAUCCGCAGUAUAGGUUCCCGGAUCCAUACGGCUACGGGGAGGAAGAUAGAGAAGUCACGGAAGCCUUCGACAAGGAGCUCAAGGACAGGCCGAACUUGCGCGACCCACACGAAGUAGAGUGCUAUCGCCACGACCGUCGGUUAGACUGUCAGCUUGAACCCACGACCUCCGCAGGGAUAUUCCGCGACGGUGCUCCAGACUUGGAACAUACGCUGCUUGAAGGUCCGGUUACCGAUAAUGACGAUGACGGGUUCGAUAUCCGAUGCAAUGGUAAUCCAAUGCCCCGGCAUGCGGCAGGGUCUUCUCUUUCUCAACAUAUCGUCGUAGGCAACAACGCAAGAUCUUUUGACCGCUGGCUCGACAUGCUUGCCGGCAUUCCUCCUAAACAAGGGAAUACCUAA